AUGCCUUCAUCGCGUGCACCUCCAGAGCUGUCGCCGAUGGCAUCGUCGUUCCACUCCGCGACCGGUCCCACGACAGCAUCUGUGCGCCGCAACCUCUUCUCAGGACAUCUUUCGCGCCGACCAGUGUCUCGCCCUGGCUCACAAGACGAGCCACAGAUGCCUCAAUCUGUCGCGCAUCCACCCCCACCUCCAUCGCGCAGAAUACACCAACGAUCUGUGUCGACGCCUUCGCUUUCACCGUCUCCACCACGACUCUCCCCAACGCACAACUACCAGGCCGGAAAUGGCACUAAUCCGCCUGUCUUCGCGCACCCUCUCCUGCGGCCGACACAAUCUCCUCCCCGCAAUUCAUUCCUAGACACCUACGAUCCCACCGUCUCUCCAAACCGACCUCUCAGUCCAGGAGCGACAGCAACGCUCUUCCCAGACUCCUCAAUCAUAGCAUUCGACCCCAUCACAAGAAAACCGAUCCUUCCCCACCUCCCAGUCCUUCCAGGCCGUCUCAAACUCAGCGACUCCGACGACGAAGGCCUAGAAAUAAUAGAACCAGGACAACCACACGAAUCAUUAGCUGGUCACGGCGACCCCGCUCAGGCCUACGAUUCAUCCUUCCACUCCGCUUCAGCGGACACAGACUACGCCCACCAGGCUGCAAUGGCCGCGAUGUCCGCGCAAGCAGAAGCAGAAGCCGAGGCAGACGAAGAACGUUGCGGGCGCGAACGCAUCGAGCGGAUGGUCAAAGACAUGAUGGCCCGACAGCGCGCAAAAGUGAAGAACAAGUCGCCCGCCUCAAACAUCCCGGCUCCUCCCCACCACAGCCACAGCAGAAUCGGUCGACGAGCCCAGGCUCAAGCCCGCACACGCCUCCGCCGCGAGCCUAAUCCAGAUCUCGACGCUGAUGAAAUCGACCCGGGCGGCUACCAUGUCGAGUACGGCGAUGAGGAGAACCAUUCGCCAAUCUACACUGGUCCUGACAUUGACGCGGAGUCUGAUGCUGAGAAGGAGGAACUUAUGGGUUUGAUCACAGCGAGUCUACGACGAGAAGUCGCGCGAGCAGAUGAGGAAGCCUGGAUGUUCGGCGACUCUGGCGGCAUUGGCGCAGGAGGUGAUCUUGGUUUCGAAUGA